CACCGCCACAAGUGACUUUACUGUAUUAAGCUGUUGGAGCAAAGCAAAUUAAUUUCUGCAAAUAAAGAUAUAAAUUAUCUAUUUAUAUCAAGACAAUUUCUGUUGAGGCUUUUAGUUAUCGUCUUUCAUACAAAAUGGAUGGGAACACUUGCUCUAAGCUGAAAAAACUUGAGGAUAUAUUGACGGAAAAGCAAAUUGAUUGUAUCUUGAGGAAAUUUUUAGGUCGUGGGAAGGAAUGGCGUGUCGUGAGGUCGGAUGUGAAAGCCGCGGCGGAUGGUCUCAGUGGCUUCCUGGGGGACCACCUUCGCGUGACCCUGGAGGUCUGUGGGGACUCCACGGAGACCGUGCAGCUGUUCGUCAAGCGGCUGCCGUAUGACAACCAGCCGAAGGUAGACUUCAUUGCUGAGAACAACUUCUUCAAGAGAGAAGCGCUGGUUGGACAGCUUCUUGAUGAGCUGCAGAGUAACAGCGCCCACCCCUGGUGCGUGAAGACCCUCAUAGCUACAGACACGAUAAUCGUGAUGCCGGACAUGCGUCCACUCGGCUACUCCGUGCGGUCCCACCACGAGUACCUGGACGUCCCGCAUCUGCUGCGCACCGCCGCCUCCGUCGCCAGGUUCCACGCAGCCACCACUAACUACGAAACUAAGAGGAGCAGCGACAGACCCUGGACUUUCUCCAAAGAAUACGCCGAAAUACUUAUAGACCCAGCGUUCAAAGAUUCUCCGUGGAUGCGAGCGUGCGCCAAAGUCACAGCUAAUGUCCUGAAAAUCUUCUCAAAAAAAUACGGUGCUACUUCAGAUUUGGAGGCGAAAAUAACUCAGCUAUUCCUCCAAGCGUGUGCCAGCCUUAGAGAAUAUGAGGGGACAUUAAACGUUCUGCUUCAUAAAGACUUGUGGAUUGCCAAUAUCAUGUUCCGAUACGAGAACGGUGAUCCUGCAAACGCGUUGCUCAUAGACUACCAAUGUCUCCGGUACGGGCCUCCAGCCUUCGACCUGAUGAUACUGCUAUACUGCACCACUUCUAGAAGCUUCCGAGAGCAGAACGAAUUGAAAAUCUUACAGCAUUAUUUCUCCGUCUUUUUGGAGAGUUUAGAAGACGCGACAAAGGUCAAGUUAGACAAGUUAGUGUACAAGGAGAAGGAAUUCCUUCAAUGGUGCGAGAGAGCUCGCAUGUUCGGCGCGAUGCAGGCGGCCGCCCUGUUCCCCUACAUCCUGAUGGACCCGGUGACCGCUCAGCAGACGUAUGAUGACCCCGAGACCUUCGACCAGGUGAUGUGGGCGGACAGGACCGAGCCGGUGCUGGAGUACUGCCGACAGAACCCAGGGUUCCAACAGCGGCUGAUGGAAGUCUUGGAGGAGUUCGCUGAGAGAUAUCUUGGUAAAUAAAGUGAUUUGAAUUUGUAAAAUGGACAUUUAAUUUUUAGCAAAUCUCGAUGAUUUGUGUCUGACGCUGACGCCGUCACAUACACAGAUUGGUAAAUAUUUACCAAAGUUGGGUAUUAUUAUGAUUGUGAACUUUACCAAUGAAAUUAAAGUGUUCAAUUGGAAUUA